AUGGAGCUCGAACGGGCCACGGCGACCGCCUCCCCAACCCUCCAAGGACCGACCCCGUCGCCCUGCAUGAGAGCUGCCGAGGCCCGCCUAGGCAAGCAACAAGACCAGCAGCAGCAACAGCAGCAGCAACAGCAGCAGCAAUGUCGACCCCAGCGGCUGUCCCCCACCAGCGCGCAGGCGCCAGACUCCACAACGCUCCCUCCACCACAGGAAGACAGAUCCGAGUCUCCUAUGAAGAGGCGCCGACGAAACCAUAGCCCUACGACUAGCGGAAGCAGAAGACUACGACGUCGUGCUCAUCCAGGAACCGAACGUUUGGAUAGAAAAGAAGGCGGAGCCUGCAGGACCCAGACGCACCGCUCCUUCCACGCAUUCGCCCCAGAACGCGCCUGGGAACCGGAUCAGGCCCCGAGAGUGAUCUCGUAUGUCCGGAACCACCCAGAUAUACGGGCAGAGCAACUCUGCCCCGCCCCUACGCGUGAUAUCCUGUGGCUCCGGGUAAACAGCACCCUUAUUAUCAACUUCUAUCGACACGCGAAGACACCCGAGCCACUCGACUACCUCCUCCACCAGCAGGACGUCCCCGAGAGAUGCCUCAUCGCGGGCGACUUCAACGCCUGUCAUUUCUCCUGGCAGCCUGGAGCCCGGAGUGCGAGGAACGGAAAGGACAUCGCCCAGUGGGCGGCCGACAAGGGGCUCGGACUGCUCACCACGCCAGGCGAGGCCACACACGCCCGCGGAAAUACCAUUGAUCUAGCCUUUGCCAAUAUCCCUCUGCUGACGCGCUUAUCGAAGAGCACCUUCAUACCGGCUCGGACCAUUACACGAUCAGCAUUACGCUCCCCGGCGGAUUCCCCCAAGGACGAUAGCUAG